AUGCUGCUGAUCCUGCUCCCACUCACGGUCGCCGUGCUCCACCCUUCAUUACCGACGGCGCGCCUCGCGCACGCGCACGCUCUUGUCGGCCGAGCGCGAGACGCGUACAGCGUGGUCGCGACGAAGCACUACCUGGCGACGGCAGCUGCUAGUAGCGGAAUCCUGCGAGCUGGGGCUGACCUUGCCGGGCAGUGCGCGCGCGAUGGAGCAGCAGAUCCGACGCACACUCUUUCAAUGGCUGCGGUGGCGACAGUCGUCUCGGGUUUGUGCGGCGCUCAGUGGAUGCGGCACUUGGAUUCAACGCUCGGCGACAGCACGGCGGAGAGCGCAGGACUCGUGGCGGCGAAGGCCUUCGCUGACUACACCUGUUUUGCCCCCUGCGCCAACUCGGCGUACCUGUUCCUGCUUCCCCUGCUCACUGGCGCCGGCGUCGAGGCAGCCACCACCUCCGUGGUGGCGCACUUGCCGUUCUUGAUGCAGGCGCGGAUAGACCGUAGACGCAACCUCGAGUUCAUGCUGUGGAUGCCGUACAACCUCAUCGCCUUUUCGCACCUGCCGCUGCACCUCCGGCCUGCGACCUCUGCGCUGCUCUCGGCCCUCUUCACCGUCUCCAUCGCGACCGUGGCGUGA